GGGAAGGUGGGCCUCACCCUGGGGGAGGGCGAGGAGGAACUUCCUGCCCCCGCGAGCUCCGAGGCGCUGAGCGCGCGGGCUGGGAGGCGGAGGCGCGUCAAGGUCAGCCUGGACUGGGGCGGCAGCCUGCCUGGGGGCGGGAGACCCUCCUGGGGGACUGGGCUGCGGCCUCCAAGCGCCUCGGCCAUAUUGAAAAGACACGGCUGAAGCGCCUUUGUCUGCAAAGUCCUCUCUCAAGUUCCCGGCGCGUCCCUGCUGUGUGCUGGCAACCCGCACGCCCCAGCCUGGAGCCCGGACACCACGUUUGCAGCUUGCCAUGGGCUUUUAGCGUCAGACUGACCUUACCCCGGCUCACGUAAGCAUCCGGGCAAUCGAUUCCCACCAGACCUUGGGGGGAGGGCCGGAUUUGGUCAACACUGGACUUGUUGCAGGCGGAGAAACUGGGUUUCUGGGGAGGUGAGACUCUGGGCAGUACUGCUGGAACCCCACCUGCCUCCCCAAGACUCAAGGGUACUUGUAGUUUGGGCUCAUUGCCCACACUCUAGAUUUCACCCUGGAGAUCUUGAAGACCCUCGAGAAAAGCCAUGUUGGGGGCUGGUUUCCCUGGGGCUUCCUCCCAUCCCCCGACUGCCUGAUCCUCUGGAGCAUCCCAGAUGUCUGCAAAGAUGUGGAUUUGGACGUCCUCGUGGAAGCCUUGAAGCCCGUGGGGACCUUUAAGAAGAUCGGCAAGGUGUUCCGCAGGGAGGAGGACUCCACGGUGGGGAUGCUUCAGAUCGGGGAGGAUGUCGACUACCUGCUCAUCCCCCGGGAGGUCAGGCUGGCGGGAGGCGUGUGGAGGGUCAUUUCCAAGCCCGCCACCAAGGAGGCGGAAUUUCGGGAGCGCCUGGCCCAGUUUCUGGAGGAAGAAGGCCGCACUCUGGAAGACGUGGCCCGCAUCAUUGAGAAGAGCACUCCGCACCCACCCCAGCCCCCCAAAAAGUCCAAGGAGCCCCGUGUGAGGAGGAGAGUCCCGCAGCUGGUGACCCCUCCCCCCAGGCUGGUCGUGGGCACCUAUGACAGCAGCAAUGCCAGCGACAGUGAAUUCAGCGACUUCGAGACCUCCAGACACAAGGGUAGUAAGGGCCACAAAGGCUCCAGGCGCGGCAAGAGAGUGCGCAAAAUGCCCGUCAGCUAUCUGGGCAGCAAAUUCCUAGGCAGUGACCUGGAGAGCGAGGAUGAUGAGGAACUGGUAGAGGCCUUCCUCCGGCGAGGGGAGAAGCAGCCCAGCGCGCCACCUGCCCGCCGCCGGGUGAACCUGCCAGUGCCCAUGUUUGAGGACAACCCCAGGCCCCAGCUGUCGAAGGCGGACAGGUGGCGAGAGUAUGUCAGCCAGGUGUCCUGGGGCAAGCUGAAGCAGAGGGUGAGGGGUUGGGCACCAAGGUCCAGCCCUGGGGUGGGCGAGGCCCAGCAGGCCUCUACCAGGGUGGAGAGGGAUGGGCCAUCGGUGCCAGGCAGCGUCAGCCGGGCGGGUAAUGUGGGGAACACUGGAGAUGGACGGGUGCCUGAGACCUCCCCCAGACGGUGGAGGCCCAAGAUCAACUGGGCCUCCUUCAGGCGUCACAGAAAGGAGGAAGCAGCACCCACAGCCCAGGGGGCAGAGGCUGCAGAUAAUCAGAGGGCAGAGGCUGCAGAUGACCAGGGGACAGAGGCUGCAGAUGAUCAGAGGGCAGAGGCCAGGGCUGUCCACAGGGCAGAGGCUGCGGAUAAUCAGAGGGCAGAGGCUCCAGUUGUCCAGGGAGCAGAGGCUGCAUCUGAGGGGGCAGAGGUCAUAGCUGAUCAGGGGGGAGAGGCCCCAGCUGUCCAGGAAGCUGAAGCCUCGGCUGCCUGGGGGGCCACCAGGGCAACCCCAGGAGCUAGGGCCCGAAAACAGGUCAAGACAGUGAGGUUCCAAACUCCUGGACGCUUUUCAUGGUUUCACAAGCGCCGGAGAGCCUUCUGGCAUGCUCCGCGGCUGCCAGUCCUGCCCAAGAGAGUCCCCAGGGCAGGCGAGGCCAGGAGCCUCAGGGUGCUGAGGGCUGAGGCCAGAGCAGAAGUGGAACAGGAAGAGCAAGAAGACCGGCUGUGAGGUGAGGGCAGGGGGACCACGGAGCAGCCAACGACCCGCGCCUCGGGGAGCAUCCCUCCUUCUCACACUUGGACGAAGAUGCUCUUUCUGCCUCCACGCUUGAAAUGGAGUUGGAGUGCGUGUCAGGCGGUGCCCCUCACAUCUCCACCACCCCUCUUCCCUUUCUUGUUGAAUUGUAUCUUUCAUGUAUUGAUUUUUUACAUACAGACUCUUUCUCGUAACCCAGUGAAUGUAAAGAAAGAAAUCCAUGCAGUGGGGUCGCAUCACCAUGAUUUUAACUUCCUAAAAUGCAGAUCUAGGUGUUCAGCUUGAAAAGGGGAGACAGAGGAGCAGUUUUCCUCUCCCCCUUUCCCUUCUCCCUUUCUCCUGCACACGCAACACUGACCGCCUCCUUGAACUUAAAAAGAGAGCACACGCCAACAUAAGAAUAAAAAUGUUUACAAAUUUACUUCUU